AUGGCGGAAAACUGUCUUGGUAUAUGUGUGAGAAGUACAAAGAAUUCCAUAUUUCAUGAAGAAAGAGUGAUGACCAUGGUGGUAAUGGCGACCUCAUUCAAAAGGACUUAUGCCAGGACUGUUACAGUCAGUGCUCUUGAAGCCAUGGCAGGCCACUGUCCACACACGCCUCCAACAGAGACUCCUGACCACUCACUGGCCUCUCUCGUGGCCUCACUGCUCCUUGCUCCUGGGUCCUGGUGCACACAAGGUUCUGUCUGUGCCUUCCAAGAGUCUGUUUCCCUUGUCCUGUGGAAGUUCCGUAACCAAACCCACUGGCCUCCAGAAGCAAAUAUGCUGGGAGUUCUCAGUCCCUUUGCUGGAUCCAUAGGGUGGGAAAUCUGUCUUGGAUCCUAG